GCCUUAGCAAUUUACAAUCUGAAGCAUCCAAGGAAGGGGGCGACGCGUUACAGAGCGGUUCAAAGCCGAAACAGAGCUUCCGUGACUGCGAAAGGGGGGCGCUAGAGCAUUCUCUCUCUCCCCCCCCCGUUUCAGGGUGGUUCCUCCGGGUGGCACCAGUCGCUGCUGGAAGAGGCGGGACCGGGUCUUCCUGAGGCUGUCCCCGGCUCCGGCGUCCCUGCUGCUGCUGCCGCCACCGCCACCGCCACCGCCGACGUAAAUCCCGGCCCCUUCAAGCCUAGUCUCGCCCGGCCCCGGGUUUCCCCUCAGACCAGUCUCAUGGCGUACAGCCAGGGAGGCGGCAAGAAGAAAGUCUGUUACUACUAUGACGGUGAUAUUGGGAACUAUUAUUAUGGACAGGGGCACCCAAUGAAGCCUCACAGGAUUCGCAUGACACACAACUUGUUGCUAAAUUAUGGCUUGUACAGAAAAAUGGAAAUUUAUCGGCCUCACAAAGCUACAGCAGAAGAAAUGACGAAAUACCACAGUGAUGAGUACAUAAAAUUUCUUCGCUCAAUUAGACCUGACAAUAUGUCUGAAUAUAGCAAACAAAUGCAAAGAUUUAACGUGGGGGAAGACUGUCCUGUGUUUGAUGGGCUGUUUGAGUUCUGUCAGCUGUCAACAGGAGGCUCUGUGGCUGGAGCAGUAAAAUUAAACAGACAACAAACAGACAUGGCUGUUAAUUGGGCUGGAGGACUUCAUCAUGCUAAGAAGUCAGAGGCAUCAGGUUUCUGCUAUGUCAAUGAUAUUGUGCUUGCCAUUCUGGAAUUACUAAAAUACCACCAAAGAGUAUUGUACAUUGAUAUUGAUAUCCAUCAUGGUGAUGGCGUUGAAGAAGCAUUUUACACAACAGAUCGUGUAAUGACAGUAUCAUUCCAUAAAUAUGGUGAAUAUUUCCCUGGCACAGGCGAUUUGAGAGACAUAGGUGCUGGAAAAGGCAAAUACUAUGCUGUCAACUUUCCAAUGAGAGAUGGAAUAGAUGAUGAGUCAUAUGGUCAGAUAUUUAAGCCAAUUAUUUCCAAAGUCAUGGAGAUGUACCAACCUAGUGCUGUGGUGUUGCAGUGUGGGGCAGAUUCACUGUCUGGUGAUAGGCUGGGAUGUUUUAAUCUUACCGUCAAAGGACAUGCAAAAUGUGUAGAAGUCGUGAAGACUUUCAACUUGCCUCUUCUGAUGCUUGGAGGAGGUGGAUAUACCAUACGGAACGUUGCUCGAUGUUGGACCUAUGAGACUGCUGUUGCCUUAGAUUGUGAAAUCCCUAAUGAGUUGCCAUACAAUGACUACUUUGAGUAUUUUGGACCAGAUUUCAAGCUGCAUAUUAGCCCUUCAAAUAUGACAAACCAGAACACCCCAGAAUAUAUGGAGAAGAUUAAACAGCGUUUGUUUGAGAACUUGCGCAUGUUGCCCCAUGCCCCAGGUGUACAGAUGCAGGCUAUUCCUGAAGAUGCUGUUCAUGAAGACAGUGGUGAUGAAGAUGGCGAAGAUCCAGACAAACGUAUUUCUAUUCGUGCGUCAGAUAAGCGAAUAGCCUGUGAUGAAGAAUUUUCUGAUUCUGAAGAUGAAGGGGAAGGUGGACGCAGAAAUGUUGCAGAUCAUAAGAAAGGAGCAAAGAAAGCCCGACUAGAAGAAGACAAAAAAGAAACAGAAGAUAAAAAAGCAGACAUUAAAGAGGAAGAUAAAUCCAAGGAUAGCAGUGGUGAAAAAGCAGAUACCAAAGGCACAAAGUCAGAACAGCUCAGCAAUCCUUGAAUGUAGACACUCACAUCAAUUAAAGGACACAAUACAAAACUGGGGAAAAAAAGUUAAAAGGAACUUUUCAUAUGAGAAGAGACUCUUGAUUUUCAUUUUGUACUAUUUGGCAUGGAGCGUAUUUAUUUUCAAACAACUGUGUUUUUGUUUUUGGCAAGUUGUAUUGUGAGUUUUCUAAUUAUGAUGCAAAAUUUUGUUCCUUCCACCAGGCUUUAAGUAAUAGUAUUCAAAAUGGAUGUGCUAUUAUGUUAGACGUCUAAAUGAUCUAUUAAAAUUUGCCUUUUCCUGAACUGAUUUUACCCCUUUUUGUAAUUAUAUCUUUAUUAAAAAAAUGUACUCAGCCGUCUUGUCCAUCAUUGCCUAGAAAACACAUAAAUGUCAUGCUGGUAAGACUAUUAUGAAGAAGUAUAAUGAAGGUUGAAAUUGCACUGAACUACAUUGGAUGCAGGUGGCGCUGUGGUCUAAACCACUGGGCUUGCCAAUCAGAAGGUCGGCGGCUUAGUCAUGCUGGCCACAUCACCCAGAAGCUGUCUGUGGACAAAUGCCGGUUCCCUUGGCCUAUAGAGCGAGAUGAGCACCGCAACCCCAGAGUCAUCCGUGACUGGACCUAAUGGUCAGGGGUACCUUUGCCUUUACAUUGGAUAGUUCACAAAGAAUGCUUUUUGUAUAACUUUAUUGGGACAAACAGGGAACGUGUUGAGAGAUUACUUUGCAUGGAUAACUACUAGGAGAUUACUUGUGGAAAUCAUGUUUGGAAUUAAAGCACACUAAUUAAGCUACAGAGUUAUGUUCAAGUAUUAAGUAAGAAAAGGUAUAGUAACCUAAGAGAAUCUUAAGGGGGAAGCAGCAUAGUUAUCACUAACAAUUUUUGAUAUUUUGAAAGAAAACGCUAUAUUCAGUACUAUCAGUGAUACAGAAUAUCAAAUAAUGUGACCUGCCAAGUAGAAAAACAUACAACUACCAAUAUAUCACUCCCUCUAACAACAGGGCUCUACCCCGGCUCUAGG